UAAUGUAUGCUAAACGUGCUUUCGUUCACUGGUAUGUUGGUGAAGGUAUGGAAGAAGGUGAAUUUUCUGAAGCUCGAGAAGAUUUAGCUGCAUUAGAAAAAGACUAUGAAGAAGUUGGUGUUGAUUCAGUUGAGGGUGAAGGCGAAGGAGAAGGUGAAGAAUAUUAA